AUGUAUUCAUAUAUAAAAUAUAAAUUUGAUAAUCUAUUUGCUCUUGGUUUAAUUUUUAUUAUUCCAUUAUUAGUUACUAUAGCUACAUUUGUAAUAUUACUCUUUAGUAUAAUUUAUUAUUACAGUGAAGAAACCGAUAAUUAUGAAGAUGCAUUAUGGGAAGCAUUUACACGUGUACUUGAUCCAUGUGCAGCAGCUGAAGAUGAAGGU